AUGGCCACCCCGGACGAUCUCAACGCCAACGCGGAGUUCAUUCGCUUGGCCGAUUUUUUUGUGGAGGUUCCAGGUGGCAAGAACGUGAACAACUACGCCAAUGUGGAGCUGAUCUGCCGCAUUGCUAAGGAGCAAAAGGUGGACGCGGUCUGGCCUGGUUGGGGGCACGCCAGCGAGAACCCGAAGCUGCCAGCCACCCUGAAGGAGAACGGCAUCAUCUUCAUCGGCCCACCUUCAGGUUGCAUGGCUGCCUUGGGCGACAAGAUCGCGGCCAACAUCUUGGCACAGACUGCCAAAGUGCCCAGCAUUCCUUGGAGUGGAGACGGCCUCACCUGCCAACUCACCGAGGAGGGCACCAUCCCAGAGGACAUCUUCAACAAGGCUAUGGUCACAAGUGCAGAAGAUGCGUGCGCACGAGCCGAGAAGAUUGGCUUUCCCAUCAUGGUCAAGGCCUCUGAAGGUGGCGGAGGAAAGGGCAUCCGUAAGGCCACCAACAUGGAGGAGUUGAAGGUGGCCUUCACCAACGUCUUCACCGAAGUGCCUGGCUCCCCCAUCUUUCUGAUGAAGAUGGUGUCCAAGGCCCGUCACUUGGAGAUCCAGAUCGUGGGCGACGAAUAUGGCAACACCCUGGCCUUGAACGGCCGCGAUUGCUCCACACAGAGGAGAUUCCAGAAGAUCUUCGAAGAAGGUCCUCCCACCAUCGCAAAAAAGGACGUUUUCCAUGAGAUGGAGCGCGCCGGCAUGCGCCUUACCGCCUUAGUGGGCUAUCAAGGUGCUGGCACCGUGGAAUAUCUCUACAGCCCCGAGACUGACACCUUUUGCUUCUUGGAGCUGAACCCACGUCUCCAGGUGGAACACCCCGUGACCGAAGCCAUCACCGGGGUCAACAUGCCCGCCACCCAGCUGCACAUUGCCAUGGGCAUUCCGCUCUACAACAUCCCAGACAUCAGGAGGUUCUACGGAAUGGAUCCAACGCAGAACUCCAAGAUUGAUUUCUUCGCUGUGGACUAUCCUCCCAUCACCUCCCACUGCUGCGCUUCGCGUAUCACGGCGGAGAAUCCGGACGAGGGCUUCAAGCCGACCAGUGGAAAGAUCCACAGCGUGCGAUUCCAAUCCUCUGGUGAUUGCUGGGGUUACUUCAGCUGUGGCCUGAAGGGCGCCAUCCACGAGUUCGCAGAUUCGCAGUUCGGUCACAUCUUCGCCAAGGGACCCAAUCGCGAGGCUGCCCGCAAGAGCUUGCGCUUCGCGCUGAUGAACUUGGACAUUCAAGGAGACAUCCGCCAUCCCGUGGACUAUUUGGUGGAUUUGAUCGAGACCAAGGAGUACCGGGAGAACACCAUCGACACCAUGUGGCUGGAUGGACUUAUUGCCAGCAAGGCCAUCACACCCAGCCUGGGCGUCAACGAGGUGGUGUUCUACGCUGCGGUCUUCAGGGCCUUUGACAUGGCCAAGAGCCGUACCAAUGAUGCCAUCCAGUCCAUGCAGAAGGGGCAACUGGUGCUGCUCGGCAAGAACGACACCGAUGCGCUGAUUUCCUUUCACUUAGACAUCACCUAUGAUGACAGGAAGUUCUCCUUCCAGGUGACCCGCAAGCGCUCGGACGUCUACUGCUUCGCCAUCAACGGCGGCACCAUCGCUGCGAAGGUCCGCGAGCAGCCCGAUGGCUCGCUGUACGUCACCGUGGGGCGUCUCAGCCAACACCUCAAGGGGAAGGAGGAGGCUUUGGGCUUGCGCUUGAUCAUUGGAGCCCAGACCAUCAUGGUCCCCAACGUCUACGACCCCUCCGAGCUGCGCUCGGACGUGAAUGGCAAGGUGGUGCGCUAUUUGCACGAGGAGGGCACUGAGAUUGCUAAGGGAGACACCUUUGUGGAAUUGGAAGCCAUGAAGAUGAUCAUGUCCCUGAAGUCUCCAGAGGCAGGCAAGGUGAGCCACGCCCUGUCGGCCGGCAGCAUCGUCUCGGCGGGCGAGCUCUUGGCCAAGCUGGAGCUGAAGGAUCCAUCCAAGGUGAAGAAGAUCUCGCCCUUCGAGGGCGUCUUCAGCCUUGGUGAGGACCUCGAGGCGGUCGCCGCGGAGCCGCUGCAGGAGCUGCUGGCGUUGUUGGAUGGCUUCUGCAUCGAGGCCAAGGGGCCGGAAGUGGUACAGAAGAUGUUCGAGGGCUUCGCCAAUCAUCAAGCUGCGGCUGAGACAGUUCGCGGAGUCUUGGAGAAGUACCUCUCCAACGAGCGUCCUUUCGCUGCUUCCAUCGACAAGAAGCAACCCUAUGACCAGCUGCUGUUGGAGAUUAUCAACCAAGGAAAGGACGACCUUGAGAAGGUCCUCUUCAUGAUUGCAGCACACAACAAGAUGGCAUCCCGCAACGAAGCCGUCAUGGCCAUUCUGCGCGAGAUGGUGGCAGUCGAAGGAUCUGGAAUGUCCUGCAUGUACGUGCCGGACAUGCGCGAGGAGGAGAUGGAUGGCGGCGUCCAUCAGAAGGUCGUGGAGAUCUCGCAGCUCCCCAGCACGGCCGCAGUGGCCGGGGACUAUGGCAACGUGCGCUACCUCGCACAGCAGCUCCUGGACGUCUUGCCUCAGGAAACCUACCAACAGCGUUUGGGUGGACUCCAGAGCCAGCUGCGCGCGUUGGAGGAGAAGGCCUGGACGUCCAAGUCAGAGAUGCCUGGUGCCGUGGAAGGAAAUUUGGAGGUGGAGCUAUUGGUGGAUGCCUUGUACGAUUCUGACGCGAAGGUGCAGAAGGGAGCCAUCCAAUCCUACCUGCACUGGUUGGCGGCUCCUAGCCGUUUGUCUGACGUGGUCAUCCAGGAGAAGUCCGCCCGGUGGACGCAAUUCUUCCCGGUGUCCGAGGGGACCCACGAGCGACAUGGCUUGAUGCUGCUCCUGCCAGAGGUGCAGCACUUGGAGAGCAAGUUGGAAGAGCUCCUGCCCCAGUUGGUUACCCUGCAGGGAAGCUCCGGCAGUUCUGUGCCCUUGAACUUUCUGCACGUGGUGCUGGGAAAGGAUGCUUUCCCUUCAGUGACUGACCGAACCUUGUUCUACAACACCGAUGAUGAGAUGAAGAAGGCCAUCAAGCAGAGUCAGGACAUCUUCGCAAAGAAAGCUGAGAUCCUGAAAGCAGCAGGUGUGGGAGAGAUCUCGCUGGUGUUGCCUCAGCCACCUCGACACCCUCGCUUCGCCAAGUUCUUGCUGGACGAACAGGAGGAAUGGUCCGAGCAAGAGAUGGGCCGUGACAUGUGGCCUUCCUUCACCGGCAUGUUGGAGUUGGGCGCAUUGAACCGUAUCUGCACUUUGCAGCGCAUUCACAAGGAAGUUCGACCAACGUCUCACAUCUAUUUGGCCACACAGCCUAUGGUGGGUGGCAAGUCUGCCGCACCAGAAUUGCUGAUGCGUGCCUUGUACCUCUCCAAAAUCAACAAGGAAUCCUUUGGCCAAUGCCUUGCGGAUAGUUUGGAUGUGGCUUUGGACGAGGUUGAGCACGCCAUGCUGGAUCCUCGAGUCGCCAAGUUCGGUCAAGGUGUCACCAGCCGCAUCUUCCUCCACUUCUUGAGUGAGCUGGACAUGUCUCGCCAGGAGAUCGAAAAGCUGCUGACCGAGAGCAUCAGCAGCCAUGCCGGACAUCGUAGCUCAGAGAUGAUCCAGUUGUGCAUCGAUCAGAUCGAGGUGAAAGUUCACCAGCGCAGCAGCAGUGGCUUUGAGAUCUUGCGCAUGUCCUUGUCCUCUUUGCACGGAGGAUUCCUGAAGCCCAAGCUGCUGCGUGAGAUUCCUGACCCGGUGACAGGCUACCCCUUGCGAUGGGAAGCGGCCGAUGGGGCGCAGAGUGCCAUCACGGAUCAUCCGCAUGUGGUCGACCAUGUGCAGUUGAGUCAGUAUCAGGCGAAGCGUGUGGCCGCUCGUCGCGCUGGCUCCAGCUAUGCCUACGACCUGCCAGGUAUGCUGCACUUGGCUCUGACCAUGAAAUGGAUCAACGCCAGCGUCAGCGAUGUGCCUGCCGCCAAGGCCACGGGCAGCCGCAAGCGCACCACAACGCCAGGUCGUGCGGCCGCAGCGGAGGGAAUGCCCAAGGACAUCAUGAAGGCUGUGGAGCUGGUAAUGGAUUGGAACAAGAUGGAGCUGGUUGAGACGGAGCGCCCGGAGGGCAGCAAUGACAUUGGCAUGUUGGCCUGGAAGAUGAGCAUGAAGACCCCGGAGUAUCCCCAGGGCCGUGAUCUGAUUUUGAUCUCCAACGAUGUGACCUUCCAAGCAGGUUCCUUCGGUGCCAAGGAGGACCAGUUCUUCCAGAAAGCCUCGGAGUUUGCCCGUGUGCGCGGCCUGCCCCGCAUCUAUGUCUCCUGCAACAGCGGAGCACGCGUGGGUUUGGUGGAAGAGUUGAAGCCGCUCUUCAAGGUGAAGUGGUUGGACCCUGCGGACUGCAACAAGGGCUUCGAGUACCUCUACCUCUUGAAGCAGGACUACGAGAAGCUUCCGGCCGGCACCGUGGAGGCCCACAAGGUCUCGGAGGCCGGGGAGGAGCGCUACGUCCUGGACGCCAUCAUCGGUGAGGGCAUGAAGAGCACCCAGGGUGGCAUCGGUGUGGAGAAUCUCCAGGGUAGUGGACUCAUUGCCGGAGAGACCAGCAGGGCCUACCAGGACACCUUCACGCUGUCCUACAUCACGGGGCGUUCCGUGGGCAUCGGUGCCUACUUGAACCGUCUGGGACAGCGAAACAUCCAGAUGGUGAGUAGCCCCAUGAUCUUGACCGGCUAUGGAGCCUUGAACAAGUUGCUGGGGAAGAACGUCUACUCCUCGCAAGAUCAGUUGGGCGGUCCUCAGAUCAUGGUGCCCAAUGGUGUGACCCAUCAAGUGGUGCGAGAUGACCAGGAGGGCAUGUCUGCAAUCCUCGACUGGUUGAGCUUUGUGCCCAAAGAUAUCUCUUGCCCACCUCCCAUGUCCCAAUUGGCUGCUGACCCUUGGGACCGCGACGUGGAAUUUGAGCCUUCUCCUUAUCCAUACGACCCACGUGACUUCUUGCGCGGUGUCAUUGAUUAUGAAGGCCGUAGACUCCGGGGCUUCUUUGAUGCCGGCUCUUGGAGCGAGUAUUUGGAGGGCUGGGGUCAGACCGUCAUCGUGGGCCGCGCUCGGCUGGGUGGUAUCCCUAUGGGCGUCAUCGCGGUGGAGACCCGUGGCGUGGAACGCUUCGUCCCCGCGGACCCGUCCAACCCCGAGAGCCGGGAGAUGAAGGAAACCAUGGGUGGCAAGGUGUGGUUCCCAGACAGCGCCUUCAAGACGGCGCAAGCGCUGAAAGACUUCAACCGUGGCGAGAACUUGCCAGUCAUGAUCUUUGCCAACUGGCGUGGAUUUUCAGGCGGCACUCGUGACAUGUACAACGAGAUCUUGAAGUUUGGAGCCAUGAUCGUGGAUGCGUUGGUGGAGUACAAGCAUCCCAUCUUUAUCUACAUCCCCAAGCACGGUGAGUUGCGUGGUGGUGCCUGGGUGGUCAUUGAUCCGGCCAUCAACCCUGAGAAGAUGGAGAUGUAUGCCGAUGUGGACGCCCGCGGCGGAAUCUUGGAGCCGCCAGGGAUUGUGGAGGUGAAGUACCGAGCCCAUCAGCAGGUGGAAGCCAUGCACCGCAUCGAUGAGAAGUUGAUGAAGUUGGAUGCGCACUUCGAAGCUGCCAAUGCUGAGGAGAAGCAGAGCAUUCAGAAGGAGAUCAAGGCGCGUGAGAAGCAGCUGCUGCCGCUCUACACCUCUGUGGCCACGACCUUCGCAGACCUCCACGACCGCGCGGGGCGCAUGAAGGCGAAGGGCGUCAUCCGGGAGAGCAUCAGCUGGAAGGACUCUCGCCGAUAUUUCUUCUGGCGCGUGAAGCGACGCGUCUUGCAAGACUUCCUCAUCGGCCGAUUGCAGAAGGCCAAUGAGACACUGAGCCAUAAGGAUUCGGAGGCCUUGGUGCAGCAGUGGGCCCAGGAGAGCAACGUGGACUACGACAGCGAUGUGAAGAUGGUGAGCUGGUUGGAGACCCAAGACGUGGAAGCACGUGCGGAGUCUGUCAGGACAGACUUCCUGAAAUCGCACAUUCAGGAACUCUUCAGCCAGCUCUCGCAAAGCGAACGCGCUGCCAUGCUCAGCACAUUGGCCAGCGCGAAGUGAGUCGUCCCGAGUCACAUCCCAUAAAUGCCACGGGGAUGUCGAGUCAUUAAGCCUUAACUUAAACACAGUUUUGAAGCAAAACUCACCUGCAACUCACUCAAAGACAUCGCUCAUUAUGUUUGAGAGCGAAAUCCCCCCACGUCAGUGAAGACUAGACAAACUUGAGAACCAGGAGCCCAGUGGUAAGCGCUUCAUGCUGCAAGCUGCAUUGAUGUCGCUACCCUCCCGGCGUUCCUAUCUAUUUUCUUUUUGCAUCAAAGACUUUGUAUAGCUAAUUUCGCUGCAAAAACGCAGCGGCCCCAGCAAAAACGAAGCUGAGAUGUCGUCUUUUUCCUGUAGGGUUUUAUCUGCGACAAGUGCAGAAGUAAACUAACUGCUGCCCUGUCAGCGACUGGGAGGUGUCUGAAGGUCAGACGAAUAUCUUUACAGAUCUUUUCCCCAACGUCUGUACAUAGAAGGCCCAUCCAGAAACCUUGGUUUUGCUUACCCAGCGAUUCGUGUCACAAAA